UCAGUCACAAUCUGACGGUGAAGUGGUGCACCAGCCAGUGCGCACAUCUCUCCCUCAUUUGCUCGCAAUUUGAAAAAAAAUCACGAUGCAAAAUCCAUAACAUACGCGCUUCACACAAACAAUUGCACAAUUUUCAGUGAUAAAACGAUACUCGCGAAUGGAAUUCAAAAUACAUGGUGAAAAUAGUUAUAAAAAAGCGGAAUUAUUGUAUUUAAAUAUCAAAUUUCGUUGACUGUUUUUUUUGCUUCAAAAUUCUAACCGGAAAUUUGCCAGUUUGAUUUUAUAGAAUAGAUUUUUAUAAAAUCGCACAGAUUUAACGGAACGACAUAACGGGAAGUGUGAGUGUGACAAGAAUUCAAGCAAUUUUAGCAUUCGUUUCGUUGAAUUGUUAUCAGUGUUUUGUGUUUUGUGGUCGAGUUCAAAAUAGUUAAUGGUGCAUUACACACCAGAAGGGACGUUGAGGCCGACGAGAAAGGAAAAGAAUUGUUCGCCAGUGAAUAUUCAAGUGAAAUAAGUGAGAUAACAUCGAUAGAAAAAUGCGAAAGUAACGUAAUUGAUUUGAAUCAAAUAUGUAACACUUCCGUCACCAUCCGAAUAAAAAUUGAAAGGGAUUUUAUCACCAUCGCCAUCUGAUUCAUAAAUAUUUCUACAAAAAAAAUUUCAAUAAUAAAAGAAUUAGCGUAAGACUGAUGCGACGUAUUAUGACGAGGAAGACAGUCGAAAUGUGCAAUAAUCAAGAAAUCCACUAAGAACAAGUCGGUUGCGGGAGAACGAAUGAAAAACAUGAAAAAACGCCGACUACUUGCAAACACCGAAACUUACUUCGGAAAAUGCGAAACGAAACCACGUAACGAGUGAAUUAGUUCAGAAUAUAUCGCCUACGGCUGCAUUUAAGUGCGAACAAAAAAAAAAAACAAACAAAUCAAUGAUAACAACGGAACGCGAACAACAAAAAUUGAGCAAAAUUUUUUUGUACGUGAAGGAAAAUAGAACGAAUAAAAAGCAUAUAAAUCAAAAUCACAAUGGGCAAUUCCAUGCCAACGACAUAUAAUCCAAAUGGUGCAUUCAAUGAAUCUCGAACGUCAACACUCGGCGGUCGCAGCACAAAAAGCAAGAAAAGCGAAUCAGCUGGACCUGAAAGUUCUCGCGUUCUUUUCCUUCUCUAUCUGAUUCAUCGAACAUGGAACAUUAUGGUGGAUACCGUCGAUUUGAAAAACAAAAGGUCAAGAUCAUCACGUAGUUCAGAAGAUUCAGGUGCGCCGCGUAGUUUCUUCGAAGACGAUGGAUUCGGUAUUGAAGGCGGUGCAAGUGUGUAUGGAUCACAGUAUUCAUUCUGCACAUGUGUUCAUUGCGACGGACAAAACAGCAAAACGAAUCCGCUAUUUGGACGUACUGACUUGAGACUUUCGUUUUGCGAGAGUGAAAUUUCAUUCAUCGGAUAUCAAAUGGCACCGAGCACGGGAAAAUCGCCGAUGGGCACACAAACCAGUUCUGGUUCGCAGAAAAUCUCCACCGAAAUAUUAGUGGGUUGGCCAACAAAUGCUCCACCAAAGGAAAAUCAACGACCGCCCGUUUACAAUGCUGAAGAUUAUAUCGUUUCGCUGAAGAAAUUCGGAAGACGCACCAGCGGAACAACAAAUGGCGAACCAAAAUCCAUUUACGAUACAUCCGAAGAGAAGCCAAAUUCAAGAGCUGCCACAUUGCCGGCCAAGCAUUCAGCAUUCAAGAAUCCAAUUCAGCCGCUUCCCGACGAAGAAUGUGAGAUGUCUUUGAAGCAAUUCGGUUCAAUUACAGAUUUAUUAACGAAAUUGCGUGCUGAUCUACGUGCAUCGUUUCCAAGUUUUGUACAGGAAUUCGUAGCGGCUCCACUGGACGGUGUCUCGUUGCUGCUUGAGGUGUUGCGAUCGAUUCAAUUGAGCCAACAGAAUGGCAUCGGCCAAACGAAUACAACGGGCAAAAUGAAUGCACAAACAUAUCAACGUCGAGCCCUUCUCGAUGAAUUGGCUUGCUUGCAAUGCUUGAAUUUAUGCUGUUUGCGAAGUCCAGAAGCGCGCAUUCGAAUCGGCACAUCACCGAUCGGUUUAAUGCCUCUGGCGGCAAGUGCAACGGGUCAAGGUAUUCGUUCGCGGAUUCUUGCGCUGCAACUUCUUACAACGGCCUGUGAUAAGCAUGCAGCCGGAGUUCAUAGCUCACAAAAGGGUGUUUACAAUGGCCAUACAUCGGUGUCGGAGGCAUUAUCAACGUUGCGCUUGCGAUGCGGUGAACCGGUUCGUUUUCGUCUCUUAGCCGGCAUGCUCAACAGUGGCGGUGGCACAGGUGAACUCCAGUAUUAUGGAUUGAAAUUUAUCAAUACGUUUUUGGAAAGUGCAGACAGCGUACAAAGCCGAUUAUAUUUACAGGCUGAGCUGCAACAAGCCGGUUUUGAUCCACUGAAUAUGUCAAAGUUAAUCUCGACGAGUUCGCCAUGGUAUGAUAAAUUGCGUGCAGAGAUUAAAUAUUUCGAAGACAUCAACAUUGACAUAGAUAAAUUGAUGGUUCAAAAUCGAGAGGGCGAUAAGAUUCGCGGUCAAAUGGCAGUGCUCGAGCGACGAGUUCAAAUAUUACAAGAAGAGAAAACGGUUUUAACAACGAUGGAACGUCGUUUGCAAGAGCGAUGCGCCGAAUUGCAACGUGAAGUGUUCCGAUUGCAGGGUGCCCAACACAAUGAUGGUUACAAGAGUCUUGAAAAGCAUCCAGUUGCAUUGCCACGACAGGUUUUGCCGCACAUAAAUAAAAAUGGUUCAUCCGAGCAUGAAGACGAGGGUAUCAGUAGUUCAGAGACGGGACAAUCGUUGAGCCCGGAACCAAUAUUGAUUUUACCGCAAAACACAUCGAAAAAAUACACAAUGAAUGAAUACACAAAUAAUAAUGGUAAUAGUGGUGCUAAAGAUGAUGAUGUGAACGCAACAAUCGAAGAGGUGAUCGAAGAAUUGGAGAACAUUGUACACGAUGCGGAAAAAGAGAUUGAAGAUUUGAAAAGUGAACGCAGCAAAUCAUCGGAGACAUUGCCACCGUAUCAUCCGAAAUCCCAUUUCCAUAGCAUUGAUUACAAGGAGAAGGAAAUUGUGCCGGUGAAUUUGCUACCUCAACCACCGAAAAAGUCACGUUCACUAUCGCAUCUAUUGUCGGGCGGUUCGGAAUAUGAGGAUUCCGAUUAUGGUGUUAUGAUGGCAAACAAUGAAACAAGAAUCUCAUACUAUGACGAUAUCGAUAUGGAAAUUGAAAAUAGUCGACAGCACGGCGGUGGCUAUCGAACUGAUGUGAUUGCAGACGGUGAACAAAAUCCAGAUUUGAUCAAUCAAACGAGUACAAAUCGUGAACUGCUUAAUGUCAUCAUGGAUGCCCGUGAAAAGGAUAAUAUUUUUAUGACCACACCCGGUCACUAUACGAAAAUGAAAUCGUCCGAACAAAGUCUGAUCCCAAAAUCGGCACAAACACCGCAAAAAUUUAACGGUGUAUUUUUUAUGACUGAAAUGAGCACACCCGCUAAGUAUCCCAAGCCAGAUAUAACGGCCGCACUCGAAGCGCGACGCGUUAGCAAAAGCAUUGAACGCCUUGAGUCGUAUGGCAGCAGUGGAUUGGAUUCAAUGAUUGACAUCAUCAUGACAACAUCAGAACGAAAACAAGAAAUGAAAAAUGCCAUUGCAAAAGCGCCGAAUAAUUUUGCGGCGCUGCGUGAUAUGGCGCUGCACACAACGUUCUCCAUGCGAACCAAAUCACCAUCACCCGUUGACGGCGCGAUCGUCUUUUCGGGUGGCAUGAAAACCAAUCGAUUGGCUUUCGGUAUGAGCGGCAUGAGUGGCAGUAAAUUGAGCGAUCUUCCAUCGGGUCUCUACUAAAUACGAAUCUUCAUUUCAAAUACGUUCAAAUCAAAUCUCAUCAUCUUAUUCUUUUGUGUGUACAAUAUUUCUUUCUCUCUUUCUCUCUCUCUCUCUCUCUCUCUCUCUCUCCAUGUCUUUUCUCUAAAUACAUCGAAUUACAUUACACUAUUCAUUGUUCAGGAGACUUAUGAAGAAAAAAGAAACAACAAUUUCAUCUUACUUCUAUUGAAUUUCAAUUUAUUACACACAUUUACACCGCUUUAUUAUGCUUUAAUAAAUGUUGAUUUUAAUCAAACACACUGACACAACAUAUUUACGCAAAAUGAAAGCUAAAACGCUUUAGCAUUUGAAUGAAAUGUAAUCAGGCGCGCACCGGGUUGCCGUCGAGCAAGACACCCAAACUGGCAACACCCGGAUUCAGUUGGCCCGGUCAAAACAAAACGCAAAUACUGUACUGUGUAAAUUUAAACACUAUUAUAUUAUUUAUGGAGCAAAUUUAUGAUUAGUUAGAACGCCAUGCUCGUUUUUUAAUUGCUUAGCUUUUAUAUGUAGAAAUUCGUGCAAUAUCAACAUCGUCUAUGAUUUAUUUUUUUCGUCUUUCGUUUGUUGAAAUUAAAAUUUGUGUAUCAUUUAAAGAAUAACAAAAUGAAAAUUAGAUUUACUAUUGUAAUGAUAAUUGAUGAGCUAAAGUUCAUUUGCUUUGCAUAUUUAUGCACCCAUUGCCGUAGAGAGCGUGUUUUUUUUUAGACAAAACAAAUGGUGUUGGUGUUUCAUUCUUAACAAAUUUCUCUAAUUCAAUAAAUAUAACGUGCAUUUCUCCUCCAGUUGUUCCAUGUUGCUUUUCGAAUUUCUGCGGAAUCAGUGCAGAGCAUCGUCAAGCAAUUUAUCAAGCGCUAAAUUCUUAAAACCUUUGCCUCCAUUUCUGUCUGUUGAUUUUUUUUUGCCCACCAUAUAUACGUUAUUCGAAGAUUUUUUGCGACAAAAAAACCAUUCAAUGAUGUACUCAAGUUGUGUGUUUUUCUCGCUACUCUUCACUAUCUUACAUCAUUUUCGUUAGUUAGAUUUUAGUUUAGCCGAACAUGAAAAAAAUAACUAGAUAUCCUAAGUUGCAUUAAGUUUAGCAGAGUUUAUUAUUAUGUUCUUUAAAUAAAUAACGAGUAUCUUUUAUCAA